UUCGCUCAUAACUCGGUAGUCGAUUUGGCUCUCUAGCCACAAUGUUGAGAGUUAAGACAUCUCAUGAGCUCUAAACGAGGCAGCUCAUUGAGUUGAGCUCAACAAGACACCGAGUCGAUCUAGCUCGAGAGCUCAGCGAGGUGCAGAAGGUCAAGUUCAAGCUCGGCUCAUUAAUAAACGAGUCGAGUUUCGAACGAGUUUUUUCCAAAUCGAACGCCGAGCCGCUAGCGAGCAGCUCGGCUCAUUUGCAACCCUAAUCAGAAAACCAAAUUUGGCGAAUCUCACAGCUGGAUUAUGUCUAGAGCUCAAUAGCGUAGCAAAUGAAUGGGCCUUUUCGAGCCUUUGUUAUGGGCCAACGGACUCUGACUAGUAUUUUCAUUUGUCAGUGCCGGUGGCAUGCCACCCGGUUGAAUCUGGUUCAACCUGUGCCGGUCAUGAAACCGGCAUGACACCACCGGUAUGACCGGUAUACGCAUUCUAAGUAAAAUGACAUCAUUUUAAUGAAUUUAAUGAAUAAAAAUAAUAAUUUAUUAUUUCUUUUAUGAAUGUAAUAGUUAAAAGUUGAUGAUAUUUGUUGGAUUGUAAUUAAAUUGUCCACAAAUAUGUUUUAUAUAUGAUUAAAUACAUUGGAUAUUAAUUGUUUUCACAUUUUUUUAGACCGGCAUGAACCGGCACAAACUGGUUAUACCACCGGUCGUACCAUUCCACUUGCCAAACCGGCACAGCGGUAUAAACCGGUUUGACAACCUUGCUCGUCACUUACUUACAGCGGAUUCUCCGAAACCCCCCACCCACCGCUAAACCCAUCAAACCGCCAACAGAACCGACUUUCAAAGUCCGUUUCUUUUAAAACCAAAACCAGUCAUCAAAACCAUCCAACUCGCCAACAGAAGUAGUCAAUCCAACUUGUCUGCCCCUUGGAAUUUCCUUUUUAACACACUCAAACACCUCUUCUUGCUAGCGCAUCACUGCCCAAAAAGAAAAGAAUCCGACUUUAUCCAGUUUCGUUCACCAACAUCCCAAAAUAACAAUGUCGACAACGGAAACAACAGCCUCGUCACCACCGCCAGAGCACAAGAAGAUAUUCCUGGCUGCAGUGGACGAGAGCGAAGAGAGCAUCCACGCCCUGUCAUGGUUCGCCAACAAAAUCCUGCCGGCUUCUUCCUCCAGCCACCAGCACCGCUCUACUCUCGUCCUUCUCUACGUCAAGCCUCCGCCGCCGCUCUAUUUCUCCCCUGACGGGCAUGUGUUUUCGGCGGAUGUGAUGGCGGCAAUGGACAAGUACAGAAACGACGUCGCGGAGUGCGUCAUGGUAAAGGCCAAAAGGGUCUGCAAAGAAGCAGCUGGUGACAAUGAUAAUGGUGAUUACCAAGUUAAGGUGGAGACGAUGAUAGAGAAUGGGGACGCGAGGGAUGUGAUUUGUCAGGUUGCUGAAAAGCUAGGUGUUGAUGUUCUUGUGAUGGGCAGCCAUGGCUACGGCCCCAUCAAGAGGGCGUUUCUUGGGAGUGUGAGCAACCAUUGUGCUCAGAAUGUCAAGUGUCCAAUCUUGAUUAUCAAGAGGCCGAAAUCCAACAAGGCAACAACUAGUGAUUCGUAGUUCAUUCCAUGUUGUACUUUGUGUGUGUGUGUCUUGAAAUUAAAGGAUCAUCAUCCAACCUUGUGAUUUGUGUUUCCUCCAUUAGAUUUAGGAGCUUUGUGUUUUUAUCCUCUAGAUUAUUUACUUUUGUGGAUACUAAAUAAGAAAUAAUAAGCAUUCUCGCCACAAGUUAUCUGAAUUCUAUUGGGACAAAUGAAAACUUUUUUGUGAUUUACAAAUGAUUAGUAAUUGGUGUUUUAUUCUCACUGCAAAUAAUAAGCUCUCUCGCCACAAGUUAUUUCAACAGUAAAUUGCUAUGAUUUUCAUUUAGGCAUGAUUUAGGAAGUUGUGAAUACAUUGUUAGGAAGAAUGAAAUUAUAAAAUAAUG